AUGGCUAAAUUGAAUCUUCCGAAUGGUCUUUUUGUGACAGAUGGAGGUGACAUUUAUUUCACAGACACCUUAAACCACAAAAUUAGACUUGUAACAGCUUCCACUGGUAAAAUCUCAACAAUUGCUGGAAAUGGUGUUCGAGCAACUACUGAAUCCUUGAGUAAAGAUGGUGGAUUACCAACAAGUGCAUCUUUAAAUACUCCAAAGGGAUUAACGGUUGCUGAGGAUGGAACCAUCAUUUUCACAGAUUCUGGAUCAAACUAUAUUAGAUAUGUUUCUUCUGAUGGAAAAACUAUUAACAUACUUUCUGGAAAAUUUUCAACCAUUGGAAUGCAUAUUGCACAAGACCAGAGUGAAUUGAGUGACGCCAAGUUUGAUGAUCCUGCAGGAUUGUUCUUGUCAGGCAAUGAGUUAUUGAUAGCAGAUGCUAAAAAUGGAUUGAUUAGAUCUAUUAAGGCAACAUGUCCCACAGGAUAUGGUGGAUUUACUUGUAAACCUAUCUGCUAUGAUAUAAUGGCUACCAAUACGAGUGUAUGUUCGAGAAAUGGUAAAUGCAUUGACUAUAACACUUGUAAAUGUGAUAGCAACCAUUUUGGUGCUUACUGUGAAAAUACAUAUUGUAGUGGUGUUGCUUCCAAUUCUUCUAAUGUUUGUUCAAGACAUGGAAGAUGUGUAGAAUAUAACACUUGUGUUUGUGCUCCUGGUAGUUCAG